AUGCUGUUACAAGAUUAUGUCAAUAGUAAACCGCAAGUCGCAAUCAAUAUGCAGCAGAGCAUCAAUCCCUUAGCGAGCUUCACGAUCAAGUCCACUCUUUCCAGCAAGAGUCUUGCAACCCUAAAGUUCCAGGGCAAUUGCUUCCUGUGUAUACAUAAGUUUUCCUCCUUUCAAGCAGCCCCAACAAUCUUCACUCUGAACCAACUUGCAUCAUUCCGUUGCAAUCAACAGAGAUCAUAG